CCCCCGCGGCUGCCGUGCAGCUCAGCCCCAUUUCUCCCUUCUGCUGGCAGUGACCAGGACCGGGGCCGGCUCACCCCUUCCCCCGACAUCAUCGUCCUCUCCGACAACGAGGCCUCCAGCCCCCGCUCCAGCUCCCGCAUGGAGGAAAGGCUGAAGGCAGCCAACCUGGAGAUGUUCAAGGGGAAGAGCAUAGAGGAGAGGCAGCAGCUCAUCAAGCAGCUCCGGGAUGAGCUGCGGCUGGAGGAGGCCAGGCUCGUGCUGCUGAAGAAGCUGAGGCAGAGCCAGCUGCAGAAGGAGAACGUGGUACAGAAGACUCCGGUUGUCCAGAAUGCAGCGUCUAUCAUCCAGCCAUCUCCUGCUCACGUGGGACAGCAGGGACUGUCCAAGCUGCCCUCCAGGCCUGGAGCUCAGGGGGUCGAGCCUCAGAACUUAAGGACAUUACAGGGUCACAGUGUCAUUAGGUCUGCCACAAACACGACCCUGCCCCAUAUGCUUAUGUCUCAGCGUGUGAUUGCUCCAAACCCUGCCCAGCUGCAGGGGCAGCGCGUUCCUCCUAAGCCUGGCCUCAUCCGCACUACAACUCCAAGCAUGAAUCCAGCCAUCAACUACCAGCCGGUACGGAGCCGUUCCUGGGGGUCUGGUGGGGUUUGGCCGCAGAGGGAGCUGGGAAGCACUGGAGCACCUCGCCCCAAUUUGGGGCUCUGCCACCCGUUUCCAUGGGAACCGGACGAGUCACCGGUGACAGAAAGGAGCAAAUUGGAUUCCGUGAAUCCCACGGGGCGUUUUUGGGGCAGCAGCCCCUGCAGAAGGGAGACGGGGGAGCAAUCGGGGGGCAGCAGCGUGGGCUCAGUGCCCUCCGUGCGCCCCUGCGCCGUGAGCACUGUGAGCCCCCGCUGUGCUGCAGGGAAGAGCUGCGCGUCCUUCCUGCGCGUGGAGCCCUUCGUCUGCGCUCAGUGCCGCACCGACUUCACCCCGCACUGGAAGCAGGAGAAGAACGGGAAGAUCCUCUGCGAGCAGUGCAUGACGUCCAACCAGAAGAAGGCUCUGAAGGCAGAGCACACCAACAGGCUGAAGAACGCCUUCGUGAAAGCUUUGCAGCAGGAGCAGGUGAGCAAAGCCACGGCGCCGCGGCCGCCGCUCCGUCCUCCCACUGCGCGUCCCCAGGGGUGGGGGUCCCUCGUUCUCCAGGAGCUGUGGGUGCUCCUCUGUGGGGUUGCCCGCCCUUGGGGUUGCCCGCCCUUGGG